CGCAGCCACUCCGCAGCCGCCGGCCGGAGGCGCAGUCCCUAGGCCCCGAGCCCGGGCCCCCGGGGAGUCGGCGGCGCCGCGGGAGACCCGCAGGCUGGCCCCUGCGCGGCGCGGAGGGCGCGGAGGUAGCCCGGAGGUUGGGCCCAGGAGGAAGGAGGCCGGGAUCGAGACUUCGUCCCAGGAUAUCCCUGGUGAUCUUGGAAGAGUCUGUGCCAUGGAAUCUAUCUCGAUGAUGGGAAGCCCUAAGAGCCUUAGUGAUACUUUUUUGCCCAAUGGCAUAAAUAGUAUCAAAGAUGCAAGGAAGGUCACUGUAGGUGUAAUCGGAAGUGGGGAUUUUGCCAAAUCCCUGACCAUUCGACUUAUUCGAUGUGGCUAUCAUGUGGUCAUAGGAAGUAGAAAUCCUAAAUUUGCUUCUGAAUUUUUUCCUCACGUGGUAGAUGUCACUCAUCAUGAGGAUGUGCUAACCAAAACAAAUAUCAUAUUUGUUGCUAUACAUAGAGAACAUUACACCUCCCUGUGGGACCUGAGACAUCUGCUCGUGGGUAAAAUCCUCAUUGAUGUGAGCAAUAACAUGAAGAUAAACCAAUACCCAGAGUCCAAUGCUGAGUAUUUGGCUUCCUUAUUCCCGGACUCACUGGUCGUCAAAGGAUUUAAUGUUAUCUCAGCCUGGGCCCUUCAGUUAGGGCCUAAGGAUGCCAGCCGGCAGGUUUAUAUUUGCAGCAACAAUAUUCAAGCUCGACAACAGGUUGUUGAACUUGCCCGCCAGUUGAAUUUUACUCCCGUUGACGUGGGAUCAUUAUCAUCAGCCAGGGAGAUUGAAAAUUUACCCCUGCAACUCUUCACUCUCUGGAGAGGGCCAGUAGUGGUGGCCAUAAGCCUGGCCACAUUUUUCUUUCUUUAUUCCUUUGUCAGAGAUGUGAUACAUCCCUAUGCUAGAAACCAGCAGAGCGACUUCUACAAGAUUCCUAUUGAGAUUGUGAAUAAAACCUUGCCCGUCGUUGCCAUUACUUUGCUGUCCCUGGUAUACCUAGCAGGCCUCCUGGCAGCUGCUUACCAACUUUAUUACGGCACCAAGUACAGGAGAUUCCCACCUUGGUUGGAGACCUGGUUGCAGUGUAGGAAACAGCUUGGAUUACUAAGUUUUUUCUUCGCUUCGGUCCAUGUUGCCUAUAGCCUCUGCUUGCCGAUGAGAAGAUCAGAGAGAUACUUGUUACUCAACAUGGCUUAUCAGCAGGUUCAUGCGGACAUUAAAAACUCUUGGAAUGAGGAAGAAGUUUGGAGAAUUGAAAUGUAUAUCUCCUUUGGCAUCAUGAGCCUGGGCUUACUGUCCCUCCUGGCAGUCACCUCCAUCCCUUCAGUGAGCAAUGCUUUAAACUGGAGGGAAUUCAGUUUUAUUCAGUCUACUCUUGGCUACGUCGCUCUGCUCAUAAGCACUUUCCAUGUUUUAAUUUAUGGAUGGAAACGAGCUUUUGAAGGAGAGUACUACAGGUUUUAUACACCCCCAAACUUUGUUCUCGCUCUUGUUUUGCCAUCAAUUGUAAUUCUGGCCAUGCCUGCAGUCCUCCUGCCCACACCCCAACCCAUCACUACCUCCACCUCUGGCCUUGCCUCUUGGCCAGUGGCUUGGAGCUGCCCUGCUUCACCACCACCAUCGCCACCACGGCCACACUGCUGUACUGAGGAGGAGAAACCAACGUCGGUGCCUGUGGACAGUGUCCGUAGAGACUCAGGCUUCCCCUGAAGCUGCCUGGCAACGCACGGGUGUUCAUGUCCUGAGAGUAGAACUGCCAG